AUGCCUAACACUGAGCAUAACCCUGUGCUCUGGGGAUCCCCUCAAGGGACUGGUUCGGCUUUUGACUUCAGAAGUGAUGUGAUAACAACUCCCUCCCAAGGCAUGUUGCUUGCGAUCGCUCGAACCACGCUUCACGAUGACGUGUACGGCGAGGACUUGACGACGCGAACCUUUGAAGAGGAGAUGGCAAAGAUAUGCGGGCACGAAAGCGCAGCGUUCGUCCUCUCGGGAACGAUGGCCAACCAGCUUGCACUUCGCUCCCUCCUCCACCAACCUCCCCACGCCAUUCUCGCUGAUGCCAGUGCCCACAUCAUCCAGUGGGAAGCGGGAGGGAUCGCACACCUGUCCGGGGCCGUGACCCAGGGGAUCCGUCCACAGAACAGGCUCUACAUCACCCUCGACGAUGUUAAAAAACACGCUGUCAUCACAGAUGAUGUACACAAGUGUCCGACACGGGUGAUUAGCAUAGAGAACACUUGUUCAGGGGUGGUAGUGCCUCUGGAGGAGCUGCAAAGAAUCAAGGAGUGGGCGUCAGCGCACGGCAUCGCCGUUCAUGUGGACGGGGCACGGUUGUGGGAGGCCGUCUCGGUGGGAACAGGCGGCUUGAAUGACUUUGGCAGGUGCUGUGAUGUGUUAACACUGGACUUCAGUAAAAAUCUAGGCGCACCUAUGGGUGCCAUGGUUCUCGGCCCCUCUGAGCUGGUCGGUCGAUUGCGACGGCUGCGUAAGAGCAUCGGCGGCGGUAUGAGACAGGCCGGCGUCCUCGUUGCCGCAGCACGACAGGCCGUUGUCGAGAACUUUGGACUUGGGCCUCGAGAUUGUCGAGGGGUGCUCGAGACCAGUCGGACCAUGGCAGAAGAGGUUGGACGGAUGUGGGUGAUGAGAGGAGGAACAGUGCUAAAGCCUAUCGAGACCAAUAUGGUGUGGCUGGACCUCGGAAGAUGCGGUAUUCAAACAAGCCAGUGGAAUGAGAUCGGGAGACAGCACGGUAUCAAGCUUGAUGGGAAGAGAGUCGUGCUGCAUCAUCAGAUCAGCGACUUGGCAAUGAAGCGCUUAGGCGCAGUGAUGGACGAGGUGCUAGGUCGCGUUGGACACCCAUUAGUGUCGGGUGCCGUGCCGAAAGCUCGACUGUGA